CUAAUGAAUAUUCAUGUUAUUAAAAUAUGGUGGCUGCCAAUGUUUUGGUGAUUUUGCUGGCAGUCGUUCGCUGUUUACAUCUCUCUGAUGGGUCCUCGCACUGGGUUGUCACUGAAAAUGGAAGAGUCCAGGCUCAGUUGGACACCGUCUUUAAUUUGCGACGACCUUAUGACCUUGUAGCUUUUAUGAAACAAGAAGACAGAGGAGGGACAAUACUACAGCUUAAAAGAGAGUUAUUACAAAGGAAAGAAGAAAUAGAUAAAAAUGAAGAUAGGGAUACAGGUCUUGAACAAAGAUUUUACAAAACAGAUAUAGACUGUGUGGCUGCUGGGAAACCAUUGCCAGAGUUUGAUUUAUACAUCAGUACAGUACUACCAUUAGAAAAUAAAGGAAUAAGACCAGAGGAACAUAUAGAUUUGAGUAUAACACCAAGAGAUAAUUUACACCAACCAGAUUGUAGGCUGUUCUCAGAACUGGAAUACAGUUUUCAUGCCUUUGAACACCUUGAGGGUAUGAAAGACAGAGAGACAUUGCAAGGAACUCCUGAACUUGGACUGAAAAAUGCUAUUACAUACCAAGACAGUGUUGAUGAAUAUGGUCACAGAAUAUAUGAGGCUUUGCAAAAGAAUCGGACAUCAUGGAUAUUAUAUAAUAUGGCAGCGUUUUACUGGAGAAUUAAAGGAGAUCCGUAUCAUGCUAUAGAAUGUGUCAGGAGAGCUUUACAUUUUUCACCAAGGUAUCAGAAAGAUGUUGCCUUGAUAAGUUUAGCCAACAUUCUCCAUCGAGCCAGAUAUUCCAAUGAGGCUGCUGUUGUUGUACAUGCUGCCCUGGACGUCUCUAAAGAACUUAAUGUCAAUCACUUUACUCUGGGAAAUAUUUAUGCUGUAUUAGCAGAAUACAAUAAAUCCAUAAUAUGUUUUGAGAAUACCCUGAGAAUACAACCAGAUUUUGAUGCUGCAGCUAAAAGAAAACAUGCUGUUUUGUGUCAUGCAAAGCUAGAGGAAGCUUUAGAGGCUCAACACAGAUCAUUGCAGCAAACACUGAAUGAUUUAAAAGAAUACCAGAGAAAACAUGAUAUAUUCCAGAGUCAGACUGAGAAGCUAAUAUCUGAACAGGUUACCAAUGAUGUUAAGUUAGACCAACAUAUCUCUUAUGAGAACAUGAAACUUAGGGAGUCAGCAGUGGAGAUAGGAGAAUACUGUCGGAUGGUUGACAGAGAUGGUAAACAGGUACUAAUGUGUACAUGGGGGAAGAAAGAUACCUCCACGGUAGAAUUAGAUUUUGCCCCUUUCUUUGACGAUUCCAAAAAAGAGGAAAAAAAUCAGUAUCACUUUUCAGCUCCUCUUUUAGACAUUUGGACAGCAGAUAUGCCUGCAUCAGAGAAAAAGAAAGUAGACUAUUCUAAACCCAUCAGGGAACCAUUUUACACCAAGGAGAAAAUGAUUGAGAAACCAAAGUUCCAGUUUGGUGAUCCUGACGCUGAGAAUGAAUGGCCGUCUAGAGAAGAAUGUGAUACAUAUGUACAGAAAGUCCCUGAUCCUAGAAAUCUUAGCACUGUAUAUUUAUCACCAGAAAAUAAAGGAUUUGAGGUGAAUGCACUUUUAUCUGAAGCACAAAAUAUUCCUCCAGGAGAGGAGCACCCCUUGCCAUGGUAUCCACCUGUGUGUGUUCCUUUAUUGGAGAUUCCUGAGGGAUCAAUCACCACUUACGAUCACAUCCCAGCUGUCAGCAGAGAACAAAGAGUUAAAAUGCCUCUCAAAUUAUUUGACAAGUUCCAAAAAAAGAGGUUAAUUAACCAUGUUCCUGACAGAAUUUUAACAGCAGAGGAAGUUGGACAAAGAUUACUGACUGCAUUGAAAGAGAAAAUUGGGCCAGAAUGGAUCCUUUACAAUGUUGCUGGGUUGUAUUGGCGUGUUAUUGGUAACAAUUACCACGGGAUAGAAUGUUUUAGACGAUCGUUGUAUUUUGUACAGCCACAGUACAAAGAUGUCCCACUCGUUAACCUGGCUAAUAUUCUAUACAUGUGGGGAAAGUUUGAAGAUGGUGUCAAAAUUAUGAAAGAUGCUUUGGCAAUUAAUGAUCUGGAGCCUGAUUCUCACUUUUUGUACGGAAAUUUAUUAUGGGUGACAAAGAAUUACACAGGCGCUGUCAAACAUUAUGAGAAGACAAUAGACAUAGAACCUGAGCACCAGGAGGCUUUCAAUGCUCUCAGAGCUAUCAAAUGUUACCUCAAAUAUCAUCAUUCCGCCCAGAGUGCCGCCCCUGCUGAGAUGUCUCAACCCAACCUACCAAACUGUCCACAGAGGGCUCAGAACAAAGGCCAGGAUACGGAAAGUAGAGUUAUCUGUAAAAAUAUGAUUACAGGCGUUGAGAGUGAGAAUGGUGAAGAAAAAUGUGUUAUUGAAACACGGAGCCGUAGCAAGUCUGACUGUAAUGGCCAUUGUACUCAAACAUGUACAGUUACACCAAUCAAACUAGAUAGUUGUACAGGAGAUAUAACUAUUGACCAACCGUCAGUUUCAGAUACCCAAUGUUCCCAGAAAGGACCAAACCAACCAUACCCUAAUUCAGAGGAGCCUGUUUUUUCAGCGGAUUUCAGCAGUAAACUUGAUGAAGUCAGUGAUCACUAUAUGAAGCAAGGUCUUUGUGAAGGAGAGGAAUGUAGUCAGUUGAGAGUUCAGUGUUUAAUUCCAAUGAAGACCCACACUGGUUUGGUAGCCCACAUAGUAACUCCUCCUAAACUUUUUAUUCGCCCGGUCUCGCUGCACACAUCACAGUGCAUGCAGCAAGGAAACCAAAGACCACACAUCAAGUUGGAAUUCAUUGAUGGAGUUCUACAUCAAAAGUUCAUCUUCAUGCAGACUAAGGAUGAGGUCAAUGUAGAUUUAGAUGUUUGUGUCAUUUUUAAUGACGGAACAAAAACACCAGGUUGUGAUAAACCUGAAUUCAAAACUUAUUUGGAAGAAUUUGAUAAGCACAAGGAAGGACUUGAGAAUUUAGAAUCAGCUCUGCUGCAGCAUUUAAACAGUAAAUGUGCUUCUAAAAAAGCAAAAGAAAAAGAUGAAAAGAAAUCUACAAACUCUCCUGAAGGUCCUGAAGUUAUAAAAGAAACUAAACGUCGACAGAGUAGAUCUAAAAACCCACAAGAACCAAAUAUUCAUGAUGGGAAAGAAGUAAAAAUGGAACCAGUAGAGCAGUUACCAGAUUCAGAACUACCAGAUACAAGCUAUCAGAUUGGACAAAGAUAUCAUAUGGCCACACCCACUACUAUGGAUUGUAACAACCUUCCAAACAUAAAGUUUAGUGAGUUUACCAGUACUUUCCUGUCAGUCACAGCUAAACAAGUGGAUUUAAGGAAGCAUAUAGAUUUUGAGACAGUUAUAAGACGAUACUAUGAAGAGCCUGUCUGUAUGACAGAAUUCUCUAGCAGUUUAGAAUUGGAUAACUUACCUGGAAUGAUAAACAGAGACAACCUUCAAUACCAGCCUGAGUCAGGACUUAGAGAGGUGUUACAAAAACUUGGAGGGGAGCCAGCACAACGUGUGGAAGUGAUUGGAACUAGGAUUGCAAAUGCUUUAAAAAAGAAUAUGACAUCUUGGAUUUUAACAAAUGUUGCAGCCCUGUAUUGGAGAGUAGAAGGGGAUGCCAAGAAAGCUAUAGAUUGUUUACGUCUGUCGUUAACAACAGCUCCUAGAAAUAAAAGGGACACAGCAUUAAUCAGUAUUGCUAAUAUUUUUCACCGAGCUGGUUACAUCAACGAUGCUAUUUUUACCACUAACUUAGCUCUAGAUACUGCCAAUAAAGUAGCUGUGAGUCACUUCACCAUGGCUAAUUUGUAUGCUGUAAAGGCUCAAUGGGAUAAAGCCACCAUGUUUUAUGAAUCAACAUUAGGAUUACAGUCGACAUUUGAACCUGCAAAGCAGAGGCUUAAAGCCAUCAAAUGUAAAAUUGUCAUGCAGAAACCUGUUGCCAUGCCAACAGACUAAUUUGUUUUGCUAUAUACUCAUCUUAAAGCUUAUUGUGAUAUUUUUAAACAUGACAAUUCAGAAAUAUUGACAUGGCCAAUGUAGUGGCCAUAUUAGGUUGAAAACCUGUUAUCUUUGACGUCUUUCAUGAGUUUACAUUUUUCCCCUAUUGUGAACCAUCCUUUUACUCUUGAUUGACAUAUGAAAUGAUAAAAAAGGGGGGGUCAUGAUACAAAAGUUCAUAAAAAUCCAGCAGUCCUUCAUUGCAUUUUUCAUUAAUUCUACUCACCUUAAAGGAAAAAACAAUUUUUGAAAUGAUAUAUUUUAUUUAUAAUUUUAUUAUCUUAGAAAAAGAUUGCACUUGACUACCAAUCACUACCAUCAAACAUGUCUGCUACCAUUCUCAAAAAUAAAAUAAUAAAAAUCCUUUUAGGGAUCAAGCACUGCUUUUUAAAUCAAUUUCAUAUACUGCAAAGUUUAUUAGUAGCAGCUUCCUGGAGCCUUUACUUUUUGAUUGUUUACUAAAAAUUGCAAAAUGGAUGCAAACAUUUUCUUGUCCCAAGACAAUUUAAACCGUCUGUACAGUUUUUGUCACAAAUGUUUUGAUUGGUUACUUUUUUAUUUUAUGGCCUGUUUAGUUCCUGAGAUAAAGAUUCAUAUACUUUUUGUAAUUGCAAAGAAAGAAAGUUCCAGGUAAUGACAUUGAAAACAAACACAUCUAAAAGAAAAGUUUUUAAUUUAAGUUUUGUAAUUUGUAUUUGUUUAGUUUAAAGAAUAGAGUUUAUUUCUCAAAUUUCAUACAAAGAUAUUAUAGAACACACCUCCCAAAUCUAUGUAACUAGCACCAAUUGAAAUCUGUAAUUUUCCUCACUUUAUAUUCAUAUAUAUUGCACUAAAUGUCUUAUCAAUAAUGAACAGAAAGUAAAUUAUUGUCUAUAAGUUCAUAGAUUUGUGGAAAAACUCAAAUUUCAUACAAAGAUAUUAUAGAACACACCUCCCUAAUCUGUGUAACUAGCACCAAUUGAAAUCUGUAAUUUGCCUUGCACUUUAUAUUCAUACAUAUUGCACUAAAUGUCUUAUCAAUAACGAAAAUAGUUAAUUGAAUUGUUGUCUGUAAGGUCAUAGUUUGUUGAAACAAAAUAGUUGUAUGCAAUGAGUGUGUGAAGGUGUCAACUCUCCAGGUAUCAGUGGAAACAUCCAUUUUUUUCAUUAGAAAUCUUCAAAAUACCUGUCUUUCUACUAGCAGUCUCUGAACAAUCAGAACAAAAACGUUCUAAGAAGACAUAACUUUUCAAAAGCAGGACAACAUAUUCUCAGAUACCAGUGUGUUAAAUAGCAGGACAAAAUGUUCUCAGUAGACCUAUCUUUUCACAAGCAAGACUAUUAAAACAUAAGUUUAGGAAAAAGCUACAAUUUCUCCUUUUUACAAUCCUAUUCCACUGUAAGCAAUUAUAAAGAUCUAUAGAAAGAACAUGGGGUAUUUGACUGUAAUGGACACAUGAUUGUCUUGGUAUUAAUGUCAAAUUUCCUUAACUCCCUUACAAGAUCAUUUUGCUUAGUUAUUUAUUAACUAUUUAGUUCCGUUGGUUGUUGCUGGUAAGACAAUGAGUUGGUUAACUGUUGAUAUAUAAUCUAGAGAAAAGGAUAUGUACAGAAAUAUCUUAAGAAAGAUUCUGUAGAUUAUUUCUUACUUAAAACUUUUUUUUCAAGAUGAAGAUUAAAGUUGACACAAAUGACUGAAUGUGUGUAUGCUAGAUGCAUUGGGAAGAGUGAAAAAGAAGUAUGUGAGUUUGUUUGUUUUUGGAUCAGGGUUUAUUGAAGAACACAGAUAUUAAAUAUUUAACAUUUACAAUGUUCCAAGAAUUAGUGCUUUGUUUAGAAUGUGUUCAGAAAGAAACAUUUAUUUUUUUGUUUGAUAGCAAGCGAAGAAUUCAGGAGAAUCAUGUUAUUAACAGAUUUUUUUAGGAUAAUUGAAAUCAAUGUUAUGAGAUUAUUCAUAAUCAGAGAAUUCCAUACCAUCCCUUAUUUAUUUUUUAAUUUUGUAUGAUUGUCUGUUUUAUAAAAGAAUAUGAAUUUG